AUGAAAAAACUUUCAAGUAAAUGGAAAACAAGUCUUAAGAGACAUUUUGUAAAAGCAAGCUUAAUUUCUAAUGUUAGAUGUGCUUCAUGGAAUAGUACUGGAGAUAUUCUAGCUAUUGGAACAAAUUCAGGAGAAAUUUUAUUUGUUAAAUUUGAAAAAGGUUUAGAAAAUUCUGAUGAUGUAGCUAUUCAAAUUGUUACAAUUAGUGAAGCAAAAGAAAAAUUUAUUGAAGAUAAUCCUAUUGAUUUAAAAGAUUCAGAAAAUGAAAUUAAUCAUGUUGUUUUUCAUAAUAUUCAUCCUCAUCUUUGUGUUACCUCCUCAAAUGAUCAUGUAUUACGAUUUUGGAAUCCUUAUAAUGGUGUUAAAAUUGGUGAUUGGUGUAAUAGUGAACUUGCAUCUCAAACAUUAAAUUCUAUAUGUUUUAAAGGAAAAAAUGUUACUGACUCAACAUUAUAUUGUAUAACAAAUUAUGAAAGACUAUGGAAAUUACAACAAGUUAGUGAUGAUUUUAAAGUUACAACUAAACUUUCUCAAAAUGAAAUAAAUGACAUUGCAUUGUAUGGAAAAGACAAUAAUAUUAUUGGUCCAUCACAUCGCGGUACUGUUAUAAUGUAUGAUGGAGAUACUUUAGAACAAUAUCAAAGUUUUGAAAUAGGUACUCAGAAAAGAGGUUAUAGAGUAAUUGCACUUAAUAAAGAUCAAACAUUAAUGGCAUUAGGCAAUAAUUUUGCUCAAGUACAAAUAUACAUGAUGGAUCAAGAAACAGUAUUAACUCAAUAUGAUGGAAUGAGAAACACUGUCCGUCAUUUAUCAUUUUCUGCUUGUGGAAAAUUUUUGGCAAUUGGUGGUGAUGAUGAAUAUAUUGUAAUUUUAGAGACAAAAAAUUUUACUGAAAUAUAUAGAAUCGAUAAUCUUGGUAGUAAAUGCCGAUUUUUAGAAUUUAACCCAAUAUAUCCUUAUUUAGUAUAUAAAGAUUGUGAUAGAUCUAAAAAUUCUCCAAUAAGAAAAGAAAGAAAUGUGCAAUAUGAACAAGCUAUAAUUCUUGGUCCAUUUAUAUAG